UAGCUGUUACAUGAGCGGGAAGCUCACAAGCGGUAUGACGUGCAGCAAUCAUUGUCAGCUAGUCAAGAAGAUGAUAAUUUCACGCAUACCAAUAGCACUUACAAAAGGUUGUGCUGGGAUACGGGAAUUCAGUACCACUGGAGUUCUGAUGAAAAAUCGCCGUGCAGGUCAACCAAAAACAACAAUCAACAAAACCCUACCCAUGACAUACGAACAGUCCCAACCCCCAUAUAAGAUAGGGGUCACCAAAUCAUGGAAUUCCUGGAAUACCUCUACUCUACAUGAAGAGGGAAGACAAAAGGACACAGUGGUGGAGGACAUUUUUAUAAGGAAGUUUGUAACAGGCACAUGGCAUAAACUUUUCCUGUCUGAAGUCAUAAUUAAAAGACAGCAUAACCUAGUGAUUUUAGCUGGACUUGUGCACCAAGGCAUCGCUGCAAGGAAAAUGUACUUCUUGUGGGGUUACACAGAAGAAAUGCUAGCACAGCUUCUAAAAUGUCCAGUCAAGCUUGAAAUACAGACUGUGAAAAACAAAGAGGAUGUGAUAUUUAAAUAUUGGUAACCGUGUGUAGCCUUACUAUUUUCCUUCCGAAAGUACCAGUUUUUGUUGUAUGUGCAUAUUUUUAAUCUUGAAAUAAAGAGCUUCAUGCCAUGUCAUUGUUGCUGUUAGAUGUAUCACUCAUAGCAGUUAAUAAGCCUAUAUCACACUGGUGAUUUCAAUAGAAGUUGAACUGCUUUAGAUAAGGAUUUUGUAUUUGACACACAGGUUCAUCAUCAGAUGAUCUGGAUUCUAUUUAAAUUAGGGUUUCAAUCAAAGUUCUGGU